AUGUCCAAGCUUAUUUUAAUCCUCCUAGUAUUCUCCCUCUUCUUCACGCACGCACUCUCUCUCCCUACUAAACGUCGUCCCAAAAGUGCAUUUACCAUGUACUGGGUUACAGCCGAAGCUGAUUUCAAACCGUCCGGCAAAACAACCAUUGGCAACUGCCAAGGAAGACCACUCGCUACGGUAAGAACUAACUUUGCAGAAGCUUUGAGGAUCGAAGGUACUGGAAUAACACUUAGUGGGAAAAUGUUUAAUCUCGCCGAUUGUGACUGCGGUAAUGGAUUCAAUUGCUUUGCUGAAGUAAACACGGCAACCCAUCCAUUCGGGAUAACUUCAGAUGAUCAACCACUCGACCCGUUCGCAAGCGUUGCUGCGAAUGACUUUCCAAUUGGAACUAAACUCUUCAUUUCUGCGAUUAAGGGACUAAAAUUACCCAAUGGCUCAACUCAUAAUGGAUGUGUGAGGGUAGCUGAUCGUGGAUACGGAUUUGGUGCAAACCAUGUCGACUGGUUUGUUGCGAGAGAGGCCAUCUAUAACGCAAUUGCAGAUAAUAUCCCGGAAAGCGUUGUCGUAAAGAAAACUGAUUGCCAGUUGCUGAAGUAUGCGGAGGGAAAUACGAUCUAA